AUAAUGCGGGGUCUUCAAUGAUGUUGGCCAGUGAUACCAGAAAAUGGAAAAUAUGGCUUUGCUAAACAUUAAGAGAUUUGCAUUAUUUUUCGUGUUCAUUUGUUGUGUUGCGUGUAAUAUUGUAACGGAAGAAGGGGUUGAAAUUGAGAUUAUAACUCCCCCUGCAAAUGACUGUGUUCAAAUCAAGAUUGGAGACUGGGUUUCGGUGUUAUAUAAUAUGACAAAAUCUUGUGGAAAACCCCUUGAAUCAACAUACAAUAUUGGCUCAAAGAACAAGACUGUGCCACAGGAAUAUUAUUUUGGCGUCGAUUCAAGAAACGGUGUAGUAAUUGGGUUAGCGGGUGCCUGCAAAGGAGAGAGAAGGAAGUUGUUGAUUCCAUCACCUCUUAUGUCAAGAGAUCCUGAAAUUGCAGGCGACACUCUUAUAUAUGACGCAAUCGUAGCAGACCACGUGGUAGCGGAGGACAAACACAGAUUGAGAGAAUUUUGGUCCAUGGAUUGGAAUACUGACCAAUAUAUAGAUCUUGAAGAGCUCGACAUGGCUCUUUCACGGGAGGGAUUUUUGGAAAACAUACUCCAGGAUAACUCUGGAAUAGAGAAUAUGUCUGACAUGAUCAUUGGUGUGUUUGAUAAAGAUGGCGAUGAAGCAUUGGACCGUGACGAGUUUUUCGAAAUGCACAGAAAUAUUAACAUAUCAAAACCAGAGGAGGAACCACCAACCACCGUGGAGGAGCCUGAAUCAAAGCGCAGGCGAAGGAAAAGGGAUGAACUUUAGUGAGUGAGAGAAGAACAGAAAAGACUGAUAGUUACCCUUCGUCUCCUGAUUUUGUAUAAAGAUCACGUGACUUUGUCAUGAUGGCAAAGAACUCAUUUGAGACUUUCAUUAUGCUAAUUGUAAAACAAUGCAUUCAGUUUUAAUUAUGGGAUAUGUGCUAUUUUUGUAAAAUAAAGAAUUUAUUUAUAAA